UUUGAAUUGUAAUUAAUUAUGAAGGAUAAUUAAAAUGAAUCUGAAUUAAUAAAAGCCAAAGUUGUCGACAUCAACAAUCAUGUUAUAGAUUUCAUUUCUAUUGAUUACAAACUAUUAUCUAAAGUAAUUCAUCAAGCAACUUUUUUAUUCGUCAUCGAGAAGUAGACAUUCAGAAUCUUUUGUCAUAAGCGUUCAUAAUCAAAAUAAUACUAACCUGGGACAUUUAGCACAUGUUUUACUGGAAUUGUUCUAGAAACUGAAGAUUAUCGUUAAUGUGCUAAAAGAAAAUUAAUUUAAGAAACAGGAUUAGACUUGGAAUUGACAUAUAUCAAUUCUUUCUAUUUUGAAAGUAAGAAAAAUAAAAUCUGGGGAUAAAUAUUUUAUACAUUUUAUGAUGGAUAGAUAAUCAACUUUAUCUAAGACCCUAAAGAAGUUGAAGAGAUUGAGUUGAUGUCAUACAAGGAAAUUGUUAUUCGAGAAUAGAAUGGCGAGAUCUUUACACCAGAAAGCAUCCAAGCGCUUCAUUUUUUAAACAAAAGAGUUCUUCGCCAAUGACAUCUAUUAAACAAAUCAAGGUUGAUUUGUUUAUUUGUUCACAUUUCUAUUUAUAGUAGAAUAAUUUU